UGAAGAUGACACUUUUUAUAAAGCACUAGCAGCAGCUGCUGCAACCGGCAGUAGUUGUGAGUUGCUAUUACCUUCCUGAGCCAUCUCCAAAUGGCGAAAAUACAGAGACCUGGAGGGUGUUGCCUUACACCUAAGGAUCUGGAAUAUGUGAAUUCUGAAUAUGGCAAGAAUGCAGUGAGGCUCCUGUACAUUCGACGAGAGGGCAAGAUACACUGCAUCAAAGAACUGGAAAUCUCUUUACAUAUAAGACUGAAUAAUGUCAAUGAAUAUGUGAAUAGUGACAAUUCGUGUGUCAUUCCCACAGACACCAUCAAGAAUACAAUCCAGGCUUUUGCAAAAUGCCGAGGGAUCAGAACAAUAGAGGAGUUUGGCCUCGAACUGUGUGAGCACUUCCUCACACAAUAUUGCCAUGUGAUAUACUGCAACAUCUUUAUCCAAGAGGUACCAUGGCAACGUCUGGAAAAGGAUGGUGUCCCACAUGCCCAUGCUUUUCUCUAUAGUUCUGAAGGAGUUCGCUUUUGUGAAGUGGAACGGAAUUUGAAUGGUCCUCCAAAUGUUUUCUCUGGCAUUAAGGAUCUGAAAAUUAUGAAGACAACCCAGUCAGGCUUUGCAGACUUCUUCAAGGAUAAAUACACCACACUCCCAGACAGGAGAGACCGGGUGUUGUCAGUAGAAACACUGGUCAAAUGGUGCUAUGGUGACUGCACAGGAUGCUUGGACUAUGACUGCAUGUGGAGAACUGCCCAUGAAGCUGCCCUAGAUGCCUUUGCUGGACCGCCUGAAACAGGCCAUUACUCACCUUCUUACCAGAGGACUGUCAACCGUAUUCAGACAUACAUCCUGGAGAGGAUUCCACAAGUUGAGGAGGUGGAAGUGAUCAUGUCCAACAUCCACUACUGUGUUGCAGAUCUAGACAAACUGGGAUUGACCAAUGACAAGGAGGUCUUGACUCCUCAAGAUACACCAUUUGGUGCUUGUGCAACUACGUUGCGUAGGAAGAAGUGCCCAGGAGAUUGCCCACAACCGAUGGAAUGCAAAACCCGUCACAGUGUUUCGUGGAAAUCUGGCCAUAUGAAAUGAGCUGCCAGCUCUCUCCUCACCAGAACAUCACACUUAACAAAAUUGAUCUCCUAGUAUCAUGUGUAUUGCUCUGUACUUUUCUCCACAGUACUAUAGCUCCACAUGUAAAUGCAACUGAACUUUUAAAAGAUUGCAUAAAGGAAAUAAUAUACUGGCAUCACAAUGAAUUUCCUUUUGCUUCUUUUGAAAAAUUUGAAUAUUUAAUGAAACCCACCCAAAAAAGAAUGAUUUUUGCAAGCUUCUUUCACAAAGUAGCAUAUUUAGGGAAGGUUUGUAUAGGGUUUUUUUGCAUACAUGAAAUCUCUCAGUGAGUUCUAUAAAGCAAUUAGCAAUUAUUUUGAUUUACAUUGAGUUGAUUAUAUAUGUGUAUCUGUGUAUAAAAUACAGAGAGAUUUAUGUGCCAGAUCCUGUGGUUUCAAAUGGAGCUUCAUUACACUGAGCCACACCAGCUGAGGAUCUGGACCAUCCUGCAUUUAUCAAAUACUGAAUUGUUCAUAUCAGCUAAAUUAAAUUAUAACUGCUAAAUGAGUCAAAUGAAUUGGUACUACUGUUGCCUACACAUAUUGUAUGACUUGGUCAUAAUAAUUAUAACAGUUAUAAUAGUAGCCAUGAAAAGUGUGGACCAUUUUGUUGAGCACUGUGUUCCUCUAUUGCAAAAAACCUAGAGGUGUAUGCAGAUAGGCAAACAGCUAAUUUAAAUUGUAUAAUUGACCAUAAGGCAAACCACCUUCAAAGUGUUAUUCAAAUCUUCUUUAAUGAUCUUCAGCCUUUCAAACAGUUUGUUCCCUAUAGUAAUAGUGUUCUGCUUCUAAGCGAACUACAUGUGUAUUGGUAUUUUUUGAAAAGAAAAUUGUGAACCUAAGAAUCUCAGAAAUGCCUUGCUGUAUGUAUUCAUGCCAAAAUUUUGUGAGCAUUGUCCCUCUUCCAGAUUCAGUUGGGGGAGAGAGCAGAAUGAAAUGCACUCAUCCUAUGUUGACUGUAGUAGCGCAUCCAUUUUUUUUCACCAUGGCUUUGUGGGGCACUUAGAGGGCAAAAAAAUUACAUCUUUCCUCAGCUUUUACGCACACAAAACUUUUACCACUAACCUAAAAGGUCAAGUGCCAUCAUCCAGAAAAACCUGUCAUGGGAUUGUAAACAUUUUAGGAAUUGGUUGCAACCUGAAAUUUAAUGCCAACUCCUGACCCUCAAAUUGACAGCCCAUCUGAAAUACGUUUGUAACUUGUACAUAUCAUUUGGGACUCACUCUCUAGAGCAUACAACUGAAUACUUUUUUUUUUUUUUUUACAAAGCCAAGCUAUGAGAAGUUGGUGGAGAUUUAUAAGGCUUGGUUAGAUAUCUUACUUUUACCUGUAACUUUGCAAUCUUCCCUAUUUUCUAAAAUUUGUUUUUAAAGGACAAAGUAACAUCAGCAAUGUUAUAGCCUGCUUGCCAAAUAAGUUUUUAACAGCUUUUCUAUAACUAUUUCAUCUUCAGCAGUAGGACUGGUUGGAAAAAGGAUUUCACAUAUUCCAUCACCAUCCAAGAGGCCGUUCAACUUUUUUUUUUUUUUAAAGAAUAAUUUUCAUUUGCUUGUUGACAGUACCAGGUCUGUUUCAUCUUUGGGUUUCUUAGGCUGUUUGGGACUGUUUUUUUUGGCUCCAGUUCUCGGCACCACAUGGCACAAGUUGUAUACAAUUAGAGGCAAGAAAGCAAUCUCCUUUCUGUAGCAGACAUGUUCUUGUUUUACAGAGGAAGAGAGCCAUAGAUUCAACCCAUGGUUUUCAACAUGACCUGUUCCUAUGGAAAGUUUCUCAUGAGUACAUUGAGAUUAAAUUUGUCUUCAUUUUUAUGAACUGGUGCUAUAAUACAUUCUUUUGAGAAACUUUGGUAGUUAGGAAAAUUAGCAUUCUCUCUCUAAUAUGCAAGGUUCAACACCCUAUGGCUCACACAAUAAGAAUUUCAAAGAGAUUCCUGUCUUUCCUACCUUGAAAAACUACACCAAAGAAUGGGCUUGACCAGGAUUGCACAUUAUUAUGGACUCUUGUGUUGGCCAAUUGAUGACCUCAUACUUUGGUCUUUGGCAUUUUUGAUUCUUUAUCUUGUCCCUGCAUCCAACCAGACAGCUAUCUGUCACAUUUGAGGGAGUUCUAGAUUUUCUGUUUCUUAACAUUAUAACUUCAUGGGGUUGGUUGUGAGGGUUCUAUGUAUCUUAUUAUGGGUGAAUAAAGAGCAAAGAUAAAAAUCUUGGAUCUGUUUAUUCAGCUAAAUAUGAAGCACUGUAGGUUUCAAAAUAUAAACUUUAUUAUACAUUAAUGUGGACUAGUAUAUUUAAUUACUCAUCUUGCAGAGGUAAAAACAACAGGAUUUGGA